AUUUACUUUGAAUUAAAAAGAAAAGUUUUCUAAUGAUUGGAGCUCGCGUCUUUUCUAUCACUAGGACAUCAAUCUUCUUCUUCCCCAGGAUCUUGACCCGACCCGUGUCCAGAUCACAAUCGGCAACUGCUAGACCCGUCGUCGCCAUGAGCACCACCACCAGCAAAAGCCAAGAGGAGCUCGAUUCCAUUUUCAAGCAGAAAAAGAUUGUGCGUUCCACCGUCCGCAAAUCCCUGAAAGCCUUGGACCCUUCCCUCCGAAUCCAACAAGACGAUGCCAUUCAAAGCACUGUUCUCGAAGCUCCUUGGUUCAAAUCAAGCCAGGGACUGUGUGCUUACAUUAGCUGCAAGUCUCUCAAUGAAGUUGACACUUCUAAAAUCUUGUCUAAGAUUUUACAACAAUCUGAUUCAGAUACAAUGGCACGGAAAAAGCUAUAUGUCCCAUGGGUAGAGGAUAAGAACAGUAACAUGCGUAUGCUUCACAUAUCUCAUAUGGAUGAUCUUAUUGCAAACUCUAUGAACAUUUUGGAACCAGCUCCAGUUGAUGCUCAAGGGAAUGAGCGUGAAGAUGUGUUGCAAGCAGAUGAACCAAUCGAUCUAUUCAUCUUGCCAGGGCUUGCGUUUGACAGAUGUGGGCGACGUUUAGGCCGUGGGGGUGGCUACUACGACACUUUCUUGAAGAGGUACCAGGACCGUGCAAAGGAGAAGGGCUGGAGCAAUCCACUUAAGGUUGCAUUGUCAUAUUCACCUCAGAUUCUUGAGGACGGAAGUAUUCCUGUAACAGCAACUGAUGUCCUGAUCGAUGCCCUUGUGACACCUUCUGGUGUGGUUCCCAUUAGUCCUCGUGCUAUCGAGAGAAUGUGAGCUCAGGAGCUUGUGUUUGGAGAUGAGGCUCAGAUCACUCUGUUUACUGGCGCUUGGAUUUUGCCAAUCCAGCAUCUGACGUCGCCAGUUAAUGUUUUUACUAAACUCGAGUGGAAUGUUCUUGAAUGAUGAGAUAUGAAAGACGUUGAAAAACAAGUUUGUUUAAUGUCACCCGUUACGUUUCAUAUAAGAAUAAGCUUUUCUAAUUCACAAAAA